ACCUGAUGGACGGUCACCCUGCACACGAGACUACGGAGUCAGUGACAGCCAAGCCUCCCUCCAGCCUGCCGCCACCAUGAAGCUGGCCGUCACCCUUGCCCUGGCCACCCUGGCUCUCUGCCGCCCUGGCCCGGCAUUCGCCUCGCAGGCAGACCCUGCCAGGGCGCUGCCAUCUUGGGAUAGUGUUGCUGAUUCGGCGGAGAGCUGCUUGGACUUCAUCGUGAAAACCUUCUUCGUGAGCUUGUUUUCCAGUCACGAGGUCUCGGUGGAACUUUUCAGCCCUGACGCAGACAUGAGAGAUGUGGCGAGCAAGAUAAAGGGGCUGGUGGACAGCCUCCCCCAGCAGGACCAGGACAGCAUCAGGAGGGGCAUGGACAAAAUAUUAAAAAAGCCCACGGUGUGCUUAGGAUUUAGAAGCUGAAGACCUCCAACCACUGGAUCUCCAGCUGCUCCCGGCUCCUCGUUCGCUCCCUCCACCAGCCGGGCCUGGCUCCCCCCAUAAAACAC